GGCAUCAACAAGCCGAUGGUAUACAGCAGUGCUUUAGCCCCUCUAUCCUCCAAAAAAUAUCAGGUGUUGUAUUGUACCGGUACUUUUGCUUGCUAUAAAUAAAACUGCAACCGAGCCAUCAGCCUGAUUUAUUGCUGCACGGAUACUGGGAAGCUAAACGCCAGGAGAUUUUAGCUUGAUACUAAGCGCGCUUUGGAAGGCGCAAGCGGUGGACCUGCUGCGUGGCCUGCCCGCUCCAACGCUCAAUUUUUCCCUGGAAUACUUCCGAGGGAACCUCCCUAAUAGCUUUGAAAAGCGGUCAUUAAAUGCUCAGUGCAGUCCUACAGUUCCUGGGCCCCUGGGAGAACACCAACAAGGCAGAGGCCAGCCUUAUGGAACAAACGGCUCAACCAGAAGGUCCCACCACCAUAACAAUAAAAGCCUUCAAGGCGGCUUCCCGUCGCGACGAAUUCUACCGCCUUCGACCCAGUAACAGCUCCAUCGACACUGCAAUGAGUUCGGUCCCCAGCUCCUGCGAGAGCAGCAGCGUUUUGGGAAGAGAUGACUGUGCGCUGUUAACGACCUCAUGUUCGAUGAGCGAGGCAAGCAGCCCGACCAGCAGCAGUGUGAUGGUUGAUGUCUUCAAUGUCAACCGUCGCGCUAGCGAAGUACCGUUGCUGCCAGCAGAUGUUGGUCAGGGGCCUUCCAUGGGCGCAAUCCGGGAUUGUAGUGAUUCUUGGACGCACGAGAACGAGCUGGCCUGGUUGCGCAUGCGUCUGGCGAUGGCAUUGCAACGUAUAGCCGAGCGCGAUCAGGCUUUGGAGCAGCUGCAUGCAGAGCUGCAGGAGUUACGGCACAUGUACCGCCGUGACGUGGCACGACUCACAGCAGGCGGCGCCAGUGUGACAUGCAGUGAUGACCCAUGGGUCACGCCGCGACCCGCGGAGUGCUCCGGCGCCGGCUGCCGCGUGCACGGGACGGGGAUUGCAGCGGCAGCAGCAGCAGCAGCUGGGGUGUCAGUAGCGGGGGCUGUGGCUGUGGCAGGGGAUGAAGUGCAGGAAGGAGGUGAGGUAGGGGCGGUGGAGGCGGAGGGGGCCCACCUGAGGGUGGUGCUGGCGGCAGAGGUGGCGGAGCAGGUUGGUGCGGCUGAGGAGGUCAGAGAGCGGGAAGAGCAGGAACAGCAGGGGGAACAGGGAGAGGGCAGCAUGGAAGAUAUGCAAUCGUUUCUGAGCUUCCUGCAGGCCUGAUGAGAAGCCGCAGCGGGCCGAGGUAGGGCCGCAGGCCCGCGGCCAUUGAGCGGUGUGGUGCUGCCGAGCAGCGGGGGUGACAUCGGAAAUACUGUUUUGGCGGUGGGGUUCGUUAGUUAGUUACUGGGGGUGGCAAUGGUUGGUUGUUGUACUGGUAACGAACUGGAGGUAGCAUUGAUUGGUUGUCGUACUGGCAGAGGCGGCAGCAGAGGCAGGAAGCAGCUGCGUCGGUGUAUUGCAAAAGCAGCAUUUAGUAGUAGCAGCAGGAGCAUCGAAGUAAAGUUAAACAUCAUGCAGGGGUAGUCCGGGGGUUGCUUUUUUGUUACUCAAGCCAUGCUUGGUUAGGUAAAAAGAAAUGAGGCGAGGAGGUAUGAAAGAAACGGUUUGGGGAAUAGGACUGAGGCACGCAGAGUUGGAAAAGAUUGAUGCAAGGUAGUUGAGGCAGAGUCGAGGCAGCUGCGGUGGCCCUUCAGGUCACUGCAUUGAACGCAGUGGUGGGUUUGUCCGUGUGGUGAUCUGCGCCAAUGCAAUGUUGCUGCGCCAUUACAUUUCCGAACGUAACUCGGAGGCGACCAGAUUAAGAGUUCGACGAAGGGUUAUGUCUGUGCACGAUAGAUAGCGGCAUAGGACGUAAUGCAUGGUACAGGGUCUCGUCGGUUAAGACCACAAUAAAAUGUAUGGGCAGGCAGAGGCAGGUGGAGAUCGUGAUGCUUUGAAAGCGGGGGCUAGGGGUUAUCUGAGGGUUGUUGAAGUUGGCAUGUUCCAGCUUAACAGCCUUCCAUCUUGAGUCCUCGAAAAUUUAGGGGUUCGUUGCAUCAUCUUGUGUGCGGAUGGGUUUGGGGCUGGAAUGAGUAUAUUUCUGUGCUGUUAUGGAGACACUGCUAAAGAGAGAAUUGAACGUUGUGUUUUGCUCAGGCAUUCGUUGCCAAUCCAUGCUAGGCAUGGCAUAUUGUCGCAGCAGGGUUAUCAUAUGUUCCUGGUCCAGUGCAUACGUCCCUAGUCCCGAAGCAAGGGACCUUUUGUUGGCUGCGAUUCGUUUUGCGUGGUGCGGCUCAUCUUGUCCUGACGUGUUAUGGUGCAGCUACCGCUGGUUAGCUCGUUGUGCACGGCCUUCACAAUCUGUCGUAUACUUUCCCGUACAUCGAGUAUAUAGGGGCUUGCGAACUAGAGGUUGUAUAGCCGUAUAGAGCUGGGGUGGGUUAAGGGCUACCGUGAUUCUUUGUUAGUCACAGGACAUUAAGGCCGGGGACGUUAGGAGGAGGCAGGAGGGCGGAUAUGGGGAGAGCAUGGGGCGUUGGCGGGUAAGGACAGGCUGGUAUGACCGUUUGAGGGAGUCUGCCGUUGUAUUGGUCCCAGGCUGUUCAUUACUAGUGUAGAUGAGGAAAGGUGGCAAAGUGGUUUGGCUAACCUUUGUAAG